UCUCCGUCUUUAACAAGAUGGCGGCUGCGCAGUUAACGGACGAGGAGCUUUUCUCUGAGUUAAAGCGGCUCGGCUUCACCCCGGGCCCGGUGACCGAAAACACACGCCCGGUGUACCUCAAGAAACUAAAGAAGCUUCGAGAAGAGCAGCAGCAGCGGGGCCCCAGGCCCUCGAAGCCCAACAAGGCCCGCAGCAGCCCCGCCAUCAGCGGCUCCUCCGGCGGCGGCGCGGCGGGAUCCAGGCCAGCCAGCCGUGACGUCACGCACCUGGGCUCCAACAGGAGACCCGGCCGGAAGUCCACCGUGCUCGGCUUCAGCUCCGACGAGUCUGACGCUGAAGCUCCACCGAAGAGGAGAGGCCUGAACCCCGCCAACACUCACCACAACCCGGGCUCUCUGAGCUGGAGGCUCCGCGGGACAUCAGGGCCUGGCCCCGGGGAUAGAGAGGACAACAGAGAAGAGGAGUCAGCAGAGGAAGAGGAGGAGCAGGACAGCCCAGAGCGGACCAAGAAGUGUCGGUCAGUGAACGGCUGUGGAGCCCACGGUAACCAACUGACCAGCGGAGCAGGGGCGGAGUACUCCGACUCUGAAGAGGAGGACUCAGGACAGGGGGAGAGGAGCAGGGAGCUGGAGCCCAGACGGAGCCUCCUACGAGCAGGCAGAGGGAGUGAGAGUGUGGGGGAUAACAGGGAAGAGAGGGAGUACCGGGAGUUAGGGAGGGAGAACAGGGAGGAGAGGAAGAACAUGGUGGGGGGAGACCGGCGCGAGGAGGGGGACUCAGACUCACCUGGACCCUUCAGGACGCACAUCCUCCCCAGGAAGUCCAUCUACUUGUCCAUAAACCGUAACCACGGUGAGAACCAUCAGGUUAGCGGAGAGUCUGGAGGUUUGGGCCGCUUCACCACGGGACUCAGACCACGCUUCACCUCCUACAGCCCAAACACCUCCACCUGCCGUGGGAACCACUCCAACCACAGCCCCGCCCCCUUACGGCCAUACAGCUUACAUAGCUCUGCCUCCUCGCGGCCCUACAGUACCCACAGCCCGUCUCACAAACACACCCCGCCCCCUGGGACCGAGGACGAGCUGCUGCAGCAGUUCAAACGUGAGGAAGUGACAUCAUCGCGGUGUUUGAGCGCCCACUACUUGUCCAUGAUCCUCCUGACCGCCGCCUGCCUCUUCUUCCUCCUACUGGGACUCAUGUACCUGAGGAUGAGGGGCGGAGCCUCAGAGGAGACACACAUAAAGAGUCACCCGUUUGGCAGCGAGUUUGAAAAUUAUAACGAGACGGAGAAAGACCUGAUCCUGAACCUGCUGCUCAACCUCCACGACCACCUGGCUCAUAUCGCAGGUCAACAUGACUGUGGAGACACGCAGCAUCAGAACCGGAGUCUGAGCCUCAAACAGGCCUCCGACUAUUUAAAGGCUCAGAAUGCAGACUUUGAGCGUUUUGUUCUGGUCUCCCUGGAGUGGAUCAUCAGGACGGGAAAGGAUGUGGGAAUCAGGCUAAUGGGGCAGACAGCUGAUCAAGCCAUCACUGACAUCUCUGAGAUCGCUCUUCUCGAGUCCACACAUCCUAGAAUGCCAUUCAGCUGUCGUUUCCGCAGAGCCUUCAUCAUCGUCAUCAGCAGAGUCCUGGUCAUCGCAGCAGUGGUGGGCUGUGUGUGGAGUGUGGUGUGUUACAUGAAGUAUCGCUGGAGGAGAGAGGAAGAGGAGACUAGACAGAUGUACGACAUGGUGGAGAGGAUCAUAGAUGUGUUGAGGAGUCACAGUGAGGCAUGUCAGGAGAACCAUGACCUACAGCCCUACCUGCCCAUCCCUCACGUCAGAGACUCCUUGGUCCAACCCCAGGACAGGAAGAAGCUGAGGAAGGUGUGGGCACGUGCAGAGAGUUUCGUAUCAGGCAAUGAGUCCAGGAUCAGGACUGAGAAUCAGAGGAUCGGCGGGGCAGACUUCCAAGUGUGGCGGUGGAUCCAGCCGUCACUCAGCUGUGAUAAAAUGUCCUCACUACCCUCCAAACAGUGGCAGGGCAAAGCGUUCCCUUUGGACCGCAGGAACUCGCCGCCCAACAGCCUGACACCGUGUCUGAAGAUCAGGAACAUGUUCGACCCCGUCAUGGAGGUGGGGGAGAACUGGGACCUGGCGAUCCGCGAGGCCAUCCUGGAAAAAUGCAACGACAACGACGGCAUCGUCCACAUCGCCGUUGACAAGAACUCACGAGAGGGCUGUGUCUAUGUGAAGUGUCUGUCCGCAGAGCAUUCUGGGAAAGCCUUCAAAGCUCUACAUGGCUCCUGGUUUGAUGGUAAGCUGGUCACGGUGAAGUACCUGCGUCUGGACCGCUAUCAUCAACGCUUCCCUCAGGCUCAGAGCUGUAACACGCCACUGAAGGCCUCCGGCCCCUCAAGCUCCACCCACAACAUGCUGAGCAGCAGCACAGAGAGCCGGCUGAUUCACAGAACACCAUCUUCGACAUCAUCAUCAUCGUCAUCCUGAUGGAACAGGUGGCGAUGGCGGUUUCAUCAGGAAUUUCACAGAUCAGAGAUGACCACGGUGCUCUGCCCACAUCACUACCACAGCCUGUGCUCCUCCUAUCACCUUUAUUAUUACUUAUUGAUUAUUUAGUGAAGGAGGAGUGACAGUCGUCAUGGUAACAGAAGAUGAACACUAAAACCUGUUUGUUACCACGGCAACUAAUGCAGAAGUCUGAGACUCAGUAGAACAACGGCACAUUGUCUGAUUGGCCAAAUAUGUUGGCAACAUUGUAGUGAGGGAAACUGCACAGUUUCUCCCUUCUGUAUAAAAGUUGCCAACAGAUUUAGUCAACUAAGGUCUCACUCACACUCAGGCUGGUUGGUCGUACCGUCUUGAGCUUGUUUGGCCCUGAACCCCCUGUCCAAAACAUGGUGACCCAGCGGUGAUUGGUCAUCACGCCGUAGUACGACACAGGGUUGGUCCUGUUUACAGGAUGAGUCAGCACAGUGUAGAGCAUUGGUUCUCAAAGGUGUGGUGAGGCACACAGGUGAGCCUUGAGGUAAAACCAGGUGUGCUGUGGGAAUUAGUAGAACCGCACAAUACAACUAAACAAUAAAUGAAGAUUUAACAGGUAUUCAGCAGGCUAUUUGGCAGGGAUGAAUAUGGUGAGCCUUGAGAUUAUGAUUCUAUCUCAGUUCUGCCUUAGGCAAAGAAGAUUGAAAACCACUGGUUUAGAAAGACCCGGCAUGACUGAGCAUUUCUGACUCAUUAACUCUUUCUGCACAAAAGCUCCUGGAUUUCUUUAUUUAAGUCGUGACCACGUUGAGUGCUCGUGUUUAAUCCCAGUGCUUCCAUCAGGACCAGGGGCGAGGGCGAGGCUCUCAUACGGGUCAGACAGACUGGACUUUAGGGUCUUGGUUGUCAAAUAGAGGGUCGAGACCCAAAAGUGGGUUAAGGUUGGGGUUAGUGUGCUUGAUUGAACUAUGUGUCCGAAAGUCUCUGAUGUGAUUUUACUCUGAAGGUCGUGUCUAUAUCUCUUUGUUCUGUCCCAUUUCAGUCAGAAUUGCUCCUUCUGUAGUUUUGGUUACAAUCAAAAAAAUUUAAGAAAUCAGGGACCAAGACCAGCAGAGUACUGCUGGUUUAGGGGCCAAACGUGUUCAGGUACGAUCACUGAGUGUGGGUAUGCCAUCAGACCAGGUUCUUCCUGUUCAGUUUUUAAAGUUUUGGUACUUUUUGAUACUACUCAUUAAAUACCAAAAUAAACCAUGAACCAUUAUAACAGCAGAGACUGUUUAUGAACAUGUUUAAGAGCAGGAACUUUAAAAAUGUUUCUGAGAUUAGACGCCGUGGUUCCAGUGACUUUCUAUCAGAUAAACUCUAUGACAAACAUCUUUAUAAUGUUCUCAUUGUUUUAUUAUUACCUCUCUGUGUCACAGCGGCUCAUUUUAGCCCUGCACCCUCUCUGAACUGUCUCAUUAUUAGCCCAUAACCCUCUCUGCCUCCUGUGUUGUUGAUGAACAGAGACUCGAUGAUGACGCUGACCGUGGCGCUGUCUGCUCUGUACUCUCUGUUCUCAAAGAGACAGAGUGAUUAUUCCCUUCUCUUUUUUUCUAUGAUGCAGUGAGCACUGACUCUGCAUUUUCAGUGUGAACUGGUGACUGCUGACUCAGCGUUUUCAGUGUUAGCCCUGACUCUGCAUUUUCAGCAUGAACUUGUGAGCCCUGACUCUGCAUUUUCAGCAUGAACUUGUGAGCCCUGACUCUGCAUUUUCAGCGUGAACUUGUAAGCGUUGACUCUGCGUUUUCAGCGUGAACUUGUGAGCCCUGAUUCUGCAUUUUCAGCGUGAACUUGUAAGUGCUGACUCAGCAUUUUCAAGGUGAACUUGUAAGUGCUGACUCAGCAUUUUCAAGGUGAACUUGUAAGUGCUGACUCAGUAUUUUCAGGGUGAACUUGUAAAUGCUGACUCAGCAUUUUCAGCGUGAACUUGUGAGCGCCACCUCACACUGUUUCCAGUGUGAAUUGUAUAAACGAUGCUGCACGGUGUGACCACACCCCCAGCUGUGCCUUAACCUCACGCUGUUUUCAGUCCGCCGCUGCGUCGCUGAACAAAGAUGGAGGACACGGUGGCGGAGCAGUUGAACGGGCUGCUGACGCCCACCGUAGACGUAGUUUCAUAGAUGUACAUCCUGGUAUUUUGUAGCAGUUUUUCUUUGUUAUUAAACCAAAUGCUUCUCUCUAUUUAUUAUUAUUUUUAUAAAUCAGCCCUGUGGCAUGCUAUUCUAAUGCCGCUGGACAUGUUACCUUUUUCAUCAUAACUCCAUCGAUGCAUCAAGCUUCCGUCACCGACCAACACGUCAGGAUGUUUAAACCAGAAAAAACGUGAGGCUCCGUCCUCUGCUGCAACAGGAGGGUCCGUCCUGGAUUAUUAGGCCCCUCUCUCUGCAGCAGGGUCAGGCUGACUGUGUGGUUUGAUGCUUCGAUGCUGCAGCUCUUUCUUUGUUUGGGGGUGUAUUUUCUGUAAACACUGUACAUUGAUGUAACUGUAACAUGGAUGGUUAUAUGCAGCUUUAUUUUCAUGGCGUGGGCGUUCAAGUCCCUCACCUGCGAGUCAGAUGGGGGCGUGUACAAACCUACAGACGUUUAAAAGAAACAGAUGUUUUAAUGUCAUUUGUCAAUUGUACAAACAGCUCAAAUUAAAGGUUUAUUAGGAGUUUUUAAA